AUGACAUAAGCCUAACCUUUUAUACCUCUUGCUGUUGAUGAAAAUAAACAAUAUGAUCUCAAAAAUAUACUCCAAAAAUAAAUCAAAUCACUUACUCCUGAAGAAUAUCAUUUUUUUAGUUUCUUAAUUGCUACCAAUCAUGUUUUUGAACAAUUAACAAAUUGUUAAAACAAAUUAAAUAAUGAUCCAACUUUUAGUUUAUGGAAACUUUUCGAAUUUUUUGAUGUUAAUGGAGAUAGAAAAUUACAAUUAGAAGAUUUCAUUAUCACAUUACAAAAGUUAGAUAUUCUUCUUAAAAGAGAAGAAAUAGAAUCUCUAUUCUCAACUUUAGGUGGAGAAGAUGAUAAUAUCAUUUCAUAUGCAGAAUUUGCUAAUUUAUUCAAAUUUUCUACCACACCAUAAUGGAGAUAAUCUAAAACAUAAUAGGAAGGAAUUUUGAAUUAGGAUCAAUAAAAAUUAGUCCAUUAAAUUUUUAGUUUGUAUGCAAAAAUUGAAAGAAGUGUUUUAUACCUAAGAACACAAAUAGGAAAUGAUAUUCAAUUGCUUGAAGACUUUUUUAGAAAAUUGGAUUAGAAAUAAAAAGGAUAUUUAAUAUACAAUGACUUUGUAAUUUAUAUCAAAUCUAAAGGAGUUCAAAUUAAAGGCAAUGAUUAUUAUAGAGUAUUCUUUAUGCUAUAGUAAUAUAAAUCAGGUAGAAUUAGUUUUAAUGAGUUUUUAAAAAAAUUUUCAACUAGAGAAGCUUAUUAAAAUUAUUUGCAAUAAUUAGAUAUAUUGAUUCAUCCCCCCUAACUAGCUACAAGAUAAUCAAUUGAAUAAUAACCUGCUCUUUAAUAAAAAGUUGAUAGUAUGACUAAUUUAGAUAAUAAACAAAAUUAAUAGAAUGAAAUGUCAAAAAUAUCUUAAUAAUCCAGGUUUUCUUAAGAUCUUGAUGACUCAAUCAGAUUACCAGGAUAUACUAGAUAUGUAUUUGGUAAUAAUUGA